CAGCUUUAUUCUACUUUCAUCAACAUCUGUAAUGUCAAAACAGGGCACUACUAAUAUCGUUGGCUCCCGAGUGCAUUUAUUUGUAUAUAUAUUUUAAUCCAGUUGACUAAAAUACCUCUGCUAGAACAUUUUCUGAUGACGAUUACAGAGAAUAGAGAGAAAGACCACAUGUUCUCUUCAGCACUGAAUGCAUAUUAUACUCUGUUUUUUGCAGAAACCUCCCCUAUAGGAUCCCCUAUAGUAGGGCUAAAAGGAGGCAACGUGACACUGCCAUGUCAGUACGAUGGCAGUGAGAUUCCUGAUAUGAGUUUAAUCGGUGGGUCAGAAAGCAUCCCCGUCUGUCAGACUGAAGAGUGUAGCUGUAGAGUCUGUCAGAAAGGAGCCUGUGACGUCGUCAUCAAGGAUCUGAGCUUCAGGGACGCCGGGAAAUACACUUUGAGUGUCUAUCAUCACAAUGAUCAUACAGAGCUGGAGCCACACAUCAGGACAUACCAGCUUUGUGUCCAUGAUGAGGUUUCUGUGAAAAUCGACGAGGAGCUGAAGUUGGAUGUUCUGGUGUCAAACGCUGAUGAAGUGCAGCGUCAGAGCAGAAGAAGCACGGGUUGGAAGAAGAUCUGGAGCAGAACUGAAGGAAUUCAGAGCGAACGGAUCACCAUCAGAGAAGGAAACCUGAUCAUUAAUGAGUUUACAUUCAGAGACGAAGGAUCAUACGUAGUUCUGGACCCUGAUAGAAACAUCUUGAUCAUGAUGAAAGUCAGAGCUGAAAAACUGAACUGACGAGAACUGAUGACACAAGAUAACGGAGUAAGUGAAACACAAGGCAUUGAGAGCUUUACUAAUGUUUUAAAAGUAACAUAAGUAAUAUCUGUGCUCUCUUCCCAUGCAGCUUUCCUCCUUCGGUCUUUAGAAUAUCAGAUUUUCCCCAAAAAAACCCUGUCUGUGGUUCUGGAUCUGUGCAGAUUCGCCUCCACAGCCAACAGAUCUGACUGAAAGUCAUACAACGUUCAGUCAGUGCACAAUGUUACAGUGUUUCAGGGCACAACACAAUAAGUUGUGGAUGCUGCUGUUUUGCACAUUGUAAUAUAACUAUUUAUUAUACUGGACAGCACCUAUUAUUCCAUAAUGGAUAAUUGUAACGUUCGGUCAAUGUGUUUGAUGUUUUAUAUUAUUUAAGGUUUUUAUACUGAAUAUAAUUACACUGAAUAAUUUACAUGGUGUUUGAUAACAGGUCAAAUCAUUGCUAAAUUUGGUUGCAUUAUUAACCGUUUUUGCAAUAUAAAUCCGGCUCGGCUGCUGUUUCUUCAGUGGUCAAGUCCUCCGUUUUCAUUCGCUUUCAGUUAUCCAUAGCAGUGGACAGCAGAUACGCUAGUUAUACUGCAAAUGGUAUUUGUUACAUUAUUAUCAUUUAUUGUUGUAAUUACUAAUAAAUAAAUAAUAAUGUAUUUUCUGA